AUGUUGGUCCAACUAAAAGCGACGGCAUUGUACGCCAUACUGGACCAGACGUCAAGGAAUACCCUGGUUGGUGUAUUGGUUGGAGAAGAGAGAGAAAGCUCCAUUGUGGUGGCAGAUGCGUUUGAGUUGAAGUGGCUGGCACACAAGAUCGACUAUGACAAUUUGAAUAAACGGCUCAGGUUACUUCUGGUCGUAUCACCACAGGCAUCAUUGGUGGGGCUAUUCCUGACAGACCAAGAAGCUCCUCAAGCAGCAAUUGAUGAUUUCAAAAAAUAUGGCGAUAGACUACCGCCCAUAUAUGUGCUGCUUCGGGGCAAAGAUCUCAAGUGCUACUCGUCGUCGAAUCACACGGCUGUUCCUCUUACGAUAAUUGCUGAAAGUACAGAAGCCAUUGCAACAAACACGAUACACUCACAUGCAAAUUAUACCAAAGAUGAGCCAGAAUUGACACAGGUGUCAGAGGAGGCUGCGGUUUACUCGUUGGAACAACUAGAACGCAGAGUACAAAGGCUACUUGAAACGGAGAACUUGAGCGAUAGUGCAGAGAAGGAUUUAGUCUAUCUAGCAAACAAGCUAUCGUCGGCUCCGCAAAACGAUGAUGGUGACCUAGAGUUGGUCUCCUCGAGAUUGGCCAUACUCACUAAUCUGUUAUCUACCAGCAGAGCCGCCAAUGCUCAUUUUGCUCCAAGAGCAACAAGGUGA